UCGUUCAACUCCAUUUCCGCCCGGCAUUUCGGUUCGGCUGCGCCCUCGUCAUUUCGCCAUUGUAGUUUUCAUUUGAAAGCGCCUUGUGACUGUGGUUUCAAAACUAGCACAAAAUGGGAUUACCUCGAGUAUUCUUCGAUGUCACCGCUGAUGGUUCAGCUUUGGGACGCAUUGUUGUUGAGCUGAGGAAUGACGUGACCCCCAAGACGUGCGAGAACUUCCGCGCGCUGUGCACCGGCGAGAAGGGCUUCGGCUACAAGGGCUCCACCUUCCACCGCGUCAUCCCCAACUUCAUGCUGCAGGGCGGCGACUUCACCAACCACAACGGCACCGGCGGCAAGUCCAUCUACGGGGAGAAGUUCCAGGACGAGAACUUCGUCCUCAAGCACACCGGCCCCGGAGUGCUCUCCAUGGCCAACGCUGGACCCAACACCAACGGCUCCCAGUUCUUCAUCACCACCGUCAAGACCACCUGGCUGGACGGCAGACACGUCGUGUUCGGCAACGUCGUGGAGGGCAUGGACGUGGUCAAGCAGGUGGAGGCCCUCGGCUCCCAAUCCGGCAAGCCCACCAAGAAGGUUGUCAUCGCGGACUGCGGACAGCUUUCUUAAAUUUUAACUACAUUUACACUACUUGUAACACAAUAUUAUUAAGUUUACCAAAAUGUCCUCCUAAUUAAAUAUACCUUCCCAGUCAUAAAAUGAAAAGAAAAAAGCAAAGUUACUAUGUAUCUAUGGGUCAUUCCAAUUAAUAAUUUUAAGAAAUUAUAGCUGCAGUUUAGGUCACCAUUAAUUAGGAAUUGCAUUUAUUUCUGAGCAUUGUCUAUUCAGAAUAAAUUAACUUAUAUAACAUAAA